AUGGGAGUCGCUAACUCCAGGGAUCACCAUCUGUACCACCCCUCACAGUCUCCCAUCAAGGUGGUGCUGAAAAGACGCAACGAGCCACUGAAGAAGGAGUGUCUUAAAUGGAAAAAUGAGAACCCUAUGACGGAGGGCCAGCUGAGGUGUAAGAGGGAUGAGUUUUGGGACACGGCCCCAGCCUUUGAUGGCAGGAAGGAGAUUUGGGAUGCACUCCGAGCAGCAGCGGUGGCCGUAGAACUUAACAACCUGGAAAUGGCUCAGGCCAUAGUGGACGGAGCCUGCAUCACACUACCACAUGGGACUCUGACAGAGAGUUAUGAUGAACUGGGGAACCGCUACCAGCUUCCUGCUUACACUCUAACCCCUCCCGCCAAUCUCAUCACUGAACGCACCAAUGACAGUGAAGCUCCCGAUCAAAAGGAGCCGAAAAAGCCUCCCGCCUUUCCCAAAGAGGAGUUCCAGCUACGAGUUCGACUCUCAUGCGGUAAGGACCUCCGUAUAAGCGCCUCCAUGUCAGACACCAUCUCCCAGCUGAAGACAGUCCUGGAGGGGCAGGAGGACAUCGAAGUGGCCCACCAACGCUGGUUCUUUGCAGGUAAACUGCUCACAGACAAGAUCCGACUCCAGGACACCAAGAUACAGAAGGACUUUGUGGUCCAGGUCAUCGUCAACAACUACUUACCAGUUACCAAACUCAUGCCAAACUGA